UGUUGAGUUUCCCAGCUGACAGGUUAAGCACGCGGUGAAAGAUCUCAGAGACUUGACAAUGGAUAUCGACGAAGAUAUAGGUGAUUCUUCAACACCAGAGGCUCCAGCCACUAAAAUGUCCAGACAACAGAUAUUAACACUUAUUGCAAUGGCCUCCAUAAACUUCAGUUCAAUGAUCUGUUACUCCAUUCUGGGACCAUUUUUCCCAAAUGAGGCAAAGAAGAAAGGUGUCAGUCAAGCUAUGAUUGGUUUAAUAUUCGGAAUCUAUGCAUUAUGCACUUUGGUGGGCUCAUUGAUACUUGGUAAAUAUAUUGUCCAGAUAGGAGCCAAGUUUAUGAUUGUGGCAGGGUUGUUCGUAUCGAGCGGAUGCACUGUACUCUUCGGAUUUCUUGACCAAGUGUCUGAUGGGACAGUUUUCAUCGUGCUCUGUUUUAUCACACGGUGCAUAAAUGCAAUUGGCUUUUCCGCCGCCGUUACAUCAUCUUUUGCAGUUUCAGGAAAAGUUUUCCCCGACAACAUAGCGACUGUUUUGGGCUUCAUGGAGAUUUUUACAGGUCUUGGCCUGAUAUUGGGGCCUCCGUUGGGCGGCUGGCUCUAUCAGUCAUUUGGAUAUGAAAUCCCAUUCGUUUUCACAGGAUGUCUUCUGUUUGCGACAGUGCCUCUUAAUUUGUGGAUUUUACCAAGCUUUGAUGCUGUUCCUUCUUCCCAGAAUUCCUUCCUCAGAUUGUGUACCAGAAUAAAGAUCCUUCUCAUCUGCUUCGUGGUGUUCACGUUGAGUUCAGGACUUGGCUUCCUGGAUGCAACACUGUCCAUAUUUGCCAUAGAAAAGCUUAAUCUCAGUGCUGGUUCGGUGGGGCUGCUCAUGAUUGGACUUUCACUGCCAUAUGGGGCGGCAUCACCCAUCUUUGGUGUGAUCAGUGAUAAAUAUCCUUCAAUUAGGAAAUGGAUGAUGGUGGUUGGAGGAAUGGCCACAGCGGUGAGCUUCUGUUUCCUCGGCCCACUUCCUGUUUUCCAUAUUAGAAGUCAGCUCUGGCUCACCGUCCUCAUGCUGAUCGUGGUGGGCUUUUCUCUCUGUAUGAGCUGUAUCCCCACCUUUGCUGAGAUGAUCGCUUGUGCACAUGAAAAUGGCUUUGAGGAGGGCAUGAGUACACUGGGGUUGGUGUCAGGCUUGUUCUCUGCAGUCUGGUCUGCUGGGAUGUUCUUUGGGCCAACUAUUGGAGGAUACAUCACACAAGCACUCAACUUUGAAUGGAGCGCAGGAGUUCAAGGCGCACUCGCCUUUCUCGCUGCCUUACUACAAGUAAUAUAUUUCACAAUAGAGGACAUACAAAAGAAGUCACAAAAGGCCAGCAGGACUGACGUGUCAUCAUCUCAAGGAGAAAAAUCCCCUCUUCUCCCUAAGACAGAUCAUCUCAGGGUUGACAUCAGCUGAAAUAAGCCCCUGCAAGCUUUUAAAUGGAAGAACAAACCUAAUCAUAUUGCUGCCAAAGACAGGUGAUGUGGGAUAUGAUUGACGGAUAACAAAUAAAGAACGCAGAGAAGGUCAGUUUAACAACAAAGAUGUCAUACAUGUAUUAUUUCAAGAUUAAUUGAACCUUUACGUAGGAGUUCAGUGAACAUUUACAAUGAAAAUGCAAAAGUCCUGUAAGAAGAUUGAAUUAAGAGAGAAGUAAAACAUAAUAGGAACAAGAUGACGUGUACACUAAACAGAUCUCAGAUGUGCCUUUUCUGAUAAACACUUAACAGCGUUUAUUUUUUUGACUUAUUAGGGCUUAUUUAUUGUGUUUAGUAACUUUGAUUAACAUGAGAUGUAAUAUCAUCCAUUCUAAAAAAAAAAAUGGGUGUACAUUUUUGAAGUAAAUUGAAAUCCUUAAGAGUUCCUUGUGUGUAUAUAAUAAUUAAUUACCUCAUAUACAGUAUGUCUUUCGGUACAGUACACUGGAUUAUUUCUGAAGUCUUGUUGAGGUUUCAGAAAUCUUUUGGACUAGUGCAAGAAUGUGGGAUUUGUAUUUUAAUAUUACGUAACACAGAUUACCCAUCUAGCCCUAGUUUGUGACUGGCCCCAUUGUAACUGCUUUUACAGAUUUACAAAUUAUUGCCAUAUUCCUGAUGGAAACAACUUCUACAAAUGUACAGUUUUACAAAAUACAUUUUUACAAUGUGCAUUACAGUAUUUUCAUAGCAAUGAGACCCUUCGGUUCUUUGGAGCUGUUGCAUAAAUAUUGACCAUUUCAACACUGCAGAAAUUGUUUACUCUUUUACAUGACAAUAUAUGCAAUUACUUGUUUAAUAUCGGAACAUUUUAAAAUCUUGCAUUAAUUUGUGAUACAGAAAUGCAUAUAUAUAUAUUUAACCCCUUAACUGUCACACACAUGUUUGAACAUAGAUGUGAAAG